ACGAUUUAUAAAACGUCAUCGUGUUUUUGUAUCUAUUGGCGGGAUCGUCUAUCACCUGGAGGCCAUUUUAUUUUUGAAUGUGGUUUAGACGGUUUUAGAUCGAAUAUGUUUGUAAAUGACAUGAAAACGGAGUUUUACGACGUCAUUUUCGAUUCUAGAGUUUUGAUAUUAGCGGGAUUUGAUGUAGAUUCGUUGUGUGCCUGUAGAAUUUUACAAUAUCUUUUCCAUUGCGACAAUAUUUUAUACACAUUAAUACCAGUACCUGGUAGAGCUGCCUUGGUGAAAGCAUUCAAGCAGCAUGGAGAACAGGUGAAAUACGUGAUAAUGAUCAAUUGCGGAGCAACGAUAGACGUCGUGGAGUUACUACAACCAAAAGACGAAGUCGUAUUUUACAUUGCCGAUAGCCAUCGGCCAGUUGACGUGUAUAAUAUUUAUAACGGUGUUCAGGUUCGCCUUCUGAUUAAACCAGAUGACGUCGAAGGCAUUCCCGAAUUCGACAACAUUUUCCGAGAAGACGAGUCGGAAGACGAAAGCGAUUCGGAUAUCAGGUUAAAUGAAAGAGUUCUCGAGCGUCGACGAGAGAGAAGAUUAUGGAAAGAACAAAGACAAAAGAUAAUGUUUGACUACACCCAAUUCAGUUACUACGGCAUAUCGACUGCUGUAGCUAUGUUCGAACUGGCGUGGAAACUUUCAAAAGACACGAAUGAUCUUCUCUGGUGGGCAAUAGUCGGCCUAACCGAACAAUAUCUCUUCAGGAAGAUAGAACAGGAUAAGUACGUUCUUCAAGUAGGAAAUCUGCAAACUCACGUCUCGCGCCACAAUCACAUUUCUGUGAGAGAUACAAAUGUACAAUCGGUCACCUCGCUGCGCAUUUCCUUUGAGAAAGAUUUGCAGCUAGCGUUAUAUAGGCACUGGUCGCUGUACGAGAGUUUAAAACACACUACAUACACCGCCUGUAAAUUCAGGCUGUGGAGCCUGAAAGGUCAGAAACGACUCUGUGAAUUCUUAGCGGAGAUGGGGUUACCUUUGGUGGAAUGUAAACAGAAAUUUCCUGCCAUGGACAUGCAUCUGAGGAAUAAUGUAAUAAUCUGGUUCGAGGAACUUGCAGAGAAAUACAGGUUGGAUGACAUAGUUUACGGAUCCUUCGUGGGAAAACACGGUUUUCGGAAUAAAUUCUGCGCCGCGGACGUAGUCUACUCGACACUGUCGCUAUUGGAAACGGCGGAUAAAGAAAGUGACCCCACAGACAGAUUCUUGAUGGCUCUGGAUUCUUUGGCCAAGAAGAACACGGACUUACUUUUGAAGGGAAUCGAAAUGGUCAAAUUGCAGCUGACUGCGGUCUUCAAACAGGUUCAGACCAUUUUGGAUUUGAGGCAACUGACGUGCUCUGGACCCUACUUAUACGCGGCCAUCGAAGAGGGUUUACCAGAAGCCAAAUAUUUUGGUUCUCCGGGGCGCCUUGGAAUGCUGGCAAGAUUCUUACUACAGGCACAGUAUUCUGCGACGAAGAAUAGGAGGCUGAGGAAUAUGCCAUUGGUGUUGGCAACACCGAGUCUGGAGUGUGUGGGAACGAGUCUUGUGGUUGGCAUUCCACCAAUAGCGGAAGAAUCGACAAAGAAUUUCUUUGGAAAAGCAUUCGAACAGGCUGCUCACAAAUCUCGGGCGGAAGUGAUUUUGGACUACUUUGACACUUCGGUGGUGCAGUUGAGGACCGAAGAUCGUGCCAAGUUCUUUGAUGCCCUGAUCUCUCUACUGAGUUGAAGUGCCGUUUUAAACAAGAGAAACGACCGCGCGGAUUCAUAAAUAUUAUUUUAAUUGUACAUAGAUACUUUUUAA